AUCACUCCAGUCGUAUGAUUCAUGCGGAGCGCGGCUGAAACACGGAUUACCAUCAGUAGCGAUGCGCGCGUUUCACUGGGAAUAAACCGAACACACACGUACCCGCACGCACACACACUCACGGAGGCGCGAGGGAGUGCGGGAGCGGUGGUCGGCUCGUGCUGCUGCACUCCUCUGAUCUGAUUUUUUCCUCUAGAGCCUUCUCCAGCUUCAUUCCUCCCUCGUCCACAGACGCCGGGCUGGACACGGGGCGCGCGCAUCGUGUAUACGGCUGUUGUCCAAGCGCGCCGCCGCCGCUGCGUUCUUCUUCUCCUUCUUCUUCUUGUUCUUGUUCUUCUUCUUUUGAUCCUCAUUUUUGUGUGUGUUUUUUUUUUCUGCGGAAUUUCGGCGAACCCCGUGGUGCGCGCGAGAUGGUUCAGUCCAGCUGCACGAGCCCGCUGUCGUCGCGCGGGGGUUUCUCUGAGCGGCGCCGCGCACUCACACGUCCCUCCUAAAGAGCGGCGGAUAGCGGGGGCUCGUGGAUAAAACAGCGCAAAAAAGAAGAGAAGAUAAGAAACAGAAAAAGAGGAGAAAUAGAAGGAGGGAGGCAAAAAGAAGAUAUACAACACACGCACGCACGCAAACACAUACACACACACGCACACAUACUGCCUAGCUCCUGCCAUGAGCGCCGCCGCCGCCGCUGUCGACUCGAACCGAACAGGACCGGCGAGGAGGAGCGCGUGUGGAUGCGCGUGCAGCGAGCGGAGGAGAGCGGAGGGCGUCGCGCGGAUGAGGCAACAGCGGUAUAGCUUAAACUGGACCUGGGAUCGAGCUGGGAGCUGGAGAUGGGGCACGAGCACGGCGGGCACGAGCCGGAGCUGGAGGAGCUUCAGCUGGAGCUGGAACUGGAGCCCGCUCCUGCUUUUCUGCACGGGGCUACUGGCCGCAUCGGCGCACGCUCAAAACUGCAGUUACACACUAUACAGUCCAAAUGGGACGAUAGAAAGCCCUGGAUACCCUUAUGGAUACCCAAACUACGCCAACUGCACAUGGGUGAUUGUGGCGCAGGAACACAACCGGAUACAGUUGGUAUUCCAAGGCUUUGCCUUAGAAGAGGAUUUUGACAUACUGUCUGUCUACGAUGGGCAGCCAAGCCCUGGGAACCUACGAACCCGGUUAACGGGCUUCCAGCUUCCUCCACCCAUAGUCAGCACUGGAGCUAGACUAACACUGUGGCUACUGUCAGACUAUGCUGUGAGUGGCCAGGGCUUCAAAGCUGUAUAUGAAGCCCUUCCCAGCUACACCUGUGGUAACCCUGGCCAGCUGCUCAACGGCCUCCAGCAGGGCUCCACCUUUAACAUCGGGGACAAGAUCCGCUACAGCUGCAGCCAGGGCUAUGUGCUGGAAGGCCACACCGUGCUGUCCUGCCUGGCCACGUCGUCCGGCACGGCUGCGUGGGACUUCCCCCUCCCCUACUGCAGAGCGGACGACGGCUGUGGGGGAACGCUGCGGGGUCAAAGCGGCAUCAUCACCAGCCCUAACUACCCGCAGGAGUACAACAAUAAUGCUGACUGCACAUGGACAGUGUUAGCUGAGCCGGGUGACACUAUUGCCCUGGUCUUUACUGACUUCCAGCUGGAGGAGGACUAUGACGUCCUGGAGGUCAGCGGCACCGACGGCUCCUCCCAGUGGUUCACGGGUCCCAACCUCCCAUCUCCCAUCAUUAGCAGUAAGAACUGGCUGCGGCUCCACUUCACCACUGAUGGCAACCACAAGCUCAGGGGCUUCAGUGCGCAGUACCAAGUAAAGAAGAUGACAGAGCUGAAGUCCAGAGGGGUGAAGAUGCUCCCAAGUAAAGACAACCACAGCAAGAUUUCCGUCUUGUCUCAGAUGGGUGUGGCGCAAGGACACAACAUGUGCCUGGACCCUGGAAUCCCAGACAGGGGAAAAAGAAAAGGCUCAGACUUCAGACGCGGUGCCACAGUGCACUUCUCCUGUGAUGAGGGCUACGAGCUCCAGGGCUCCAAGAGCAUCACCUGCAUGCGUGUGACGGACAGCUACGUGGGUUGGAGUGAUGACCGGCCCAUCUGCAGAGCACCGAUGUGUGGUGGUCAGCUUCGUGGACCCAGUGGCAUCAUCACAUCUCCAAACUUUCCAGUCCAGUAUGAUAACAAUGCCAACUGCACCUGGAUCAUCACAACUUCAGACACCAACAAGGUGAUAAAGCUGACCUUUGAAGACUUUGACCUGGAGCGUGGCUAUGACACCUUAACAGUGGGUGACGGAGCUGUAAUCGGGGAUCAGAGGACCGUCUUUCAUGUGCUAUCGGGGACCAGCACUCCAGACCUUGUGGUCAGCACUAGUCAUCAGAUGUGGCUUAAUUUCAAGACAGACGACACCAGUGGUUCCUUGGGAUUUAAGGUCUCCUAUGAGGAAAUCGACCAGGGCGGGUGUGGAGACCCUGGAAUCCCGGCUUACGGCAAGCGAGAAGGCUCAGGCUUCCGGCACGGGGAUAGACUGUAUUUUGAGUGCCUGCCUGCCUUUGAGUUGGUCGGCAAAAAGAACAUCACCUGUCAGAAGAACAACCAGUGGUCAGCCAAGAAGCCCAGCUGUGUGUUUUCCUGCUUCUUCAACUUCACCACUCCAUCUGGAGUUUUGCUGUCGCCCAACUACCCUCAGGAGUACGGCAACAACAUGCACUGUGUGUGGCUAAUCAUCGCUAAACCUGAGAGCCGCAUCAACCUGGCCUUCAACGACCUGAGCAUGGAGAAGCAGUUCGACUUCCUGUCUAUCAAAGAUGGUGGCAAGGCUGAGUCGCCCAUUCUGGGCACCUUCUCUGGUGACGUGUUGCCCUCGCCUAUUACUACAAGUGGCCACGUGGCUCGGCUGGAGUUCCUCACUGACCACACGUACACUGACCGUGGCUUCAACAUCACCUUCACCACCUUUCGGCACAAUGAGUGUCCUGACCCUGGUGUGCCAGUCAAUGGCAAGCGCUUUGGGGAGAGUCUGCAGCUGGGCAGCUCCAUCUCCUUCCUGUGUGAGGAAGGCUUUGUGAAGACCCACGGGUCCCAGACCAUCUCCUGUAUCCUCAAAGAUGGCAACGUGGUGUGGGACAAUGCUGUGCCACGCUGUGAAGCUCCGUGUGGUGGAGACCUGAAAGCCCCCAAUGGCAUCAUCCUGUCCCCAGGCUGGCCUGAGCUCUACAAAGAGGCUCUUAACUGUGAGUGGAUCAUUGAGGCUCCACCUGGAUACCCUAUCAAGAUCAUCUUUGACAAGUUCAGAACGGAGGUGAAUUACGAUGUACUGGAGGUACGGGAUGGGCGCUACCCUUCGUCACCUCUGAUUGGUAGUUACCAAGGAACCCAAGUGCCCCAGUUCCUCAUUAGCACCUCCAACUUCCUGUACCUUCUCUUCUCCACCGACAAGAGCCAUUCAGACAUCGGCUUCCGCAUCAGAUAUGAAACCCUGCAGCUGCAGUCUGACCACUGUGUUGACCCUGGGAUCCCGGUGAAUGGGCAACGGCAUGGCAACGAUUUCUACGUGGGAGCGCUGGUGACGUUUAGCUGCGAGGCCGGCUACACGCUCAGUGACCCUGAGCCUCUGGAAUGUGAGCCGAACUUCCAGUGGAAUCGGCCCCUCCCCAGCUGCGAUGCCCUCUGUGGUGGGUUUAUUCAGGGAAACUCUGGCACCAUUCUGUCGCCCGGCUUUCCAGACUUUUACCCCCACAACCUGAACUGCACCUGGAUGAUUGAGACCUCGCAUGGCAAAGGUGUUCAGUUCACCUUCCACACCUUUCAUCUGGAAAGUCCUCAUGACCAUCUCCUGGUGACAGAGAACGGUAGUUUCUCUCAGCCUCUGUGGAGACUGACCGGCUCUAUCCUGCCCCCUCCUCUCAGUGCUGGUCUGUUUGGGAAUUACACUGCUCAGAUCCGCUUCCUCUCCGACUUCUCCGUCUCUUAUGAAGGCUUCAACAUCACCUUUUCAGAGUAUGAUCUAGAGCCAUGCGAGGAUCCUGGUGUCCCCCCUUUUAGCACCCGUAAGGGUCUACAGUUUGGGGUGGGGGACGCGCUCAUCUUCUCCUGCUUCCCUGGGUACCGGUUGGAGGGGCCUGCGAGGGUGGUGUGUUUAGGGGGGCGGCGGCGGGUCUGGAGUUCCCCUCUGCCAAGGUGUGUUGCUGAAUGUGGUUCCUCUGUGACGGGCAAACAAGGAGUCCUCCUCUCUCCAAACUACCCCGGAUACUAUGGCAACAAUCACGAGUGCAUCUACUCCAUCCAGACCCAGCCUGGCAAGGGCAUCCAGCUCCGGGCUCGAGACUUCCGCCUGGAGGACGAUGACAUGCUGAUGGUGUACGACGGCAGCAGUAACCGUGCCCGUCUGCUGGGCGUCUUCAGCAGCUCAGAGCUGAUGGAGGUGACUCUGAACAGCACGUCCAGCACCAUGUUCAUGGAGUUUAUCAGUAACAGUGAAAACACCAGCAAAGGCUUUGAGCUUCACUUCACCAGUUUUGAGCUGGUGAAGUGUGAGGAUCCGGGCGUGCCUCAGUUUGGUUAUAAGCGUGAGGAUAAGGGACACUUUGCAGGGAGCACCGUGUCCUACAACUGUGACCCGGGAUACACUCUGAAGGGCACGGAGGUGCUGACGUGUCUCAGAGGGGAGCGGAGGGCAUGGGACAGCCCCCUCCCUCAGUGCGUGGCGGAAUGCGGUGGGAUGAUUAAGGAUGAUCCAUCGGGUCGCAUCCUGUCUCCUGGUUACCCUGCACCCUACGAGCACAACCUGCACUGUGUGUGGACUAUUGAGGCUGCUCCUGGAAGCACCAUUGGGCUGCACUUCCUGGUGUUCCACACAGAGGAGGUGCAUGAUGUGUUGAGAAUCUGGGAUGGACCUCAGGAUGGUGGGGUGUUGCUAAGGGAGCUGAGCGGCUCCACUUUGCCCCCGGACCUCCACAGCACCUUCAACACCAUCAGCCUGCAAUUUACCACAGACUUCUUCACUAGCAAGCAGGGCUUUGCUUUACAGUUCUCAGUCUCCACGGCUACGUCCUGCAAUGACCCUGGUAUGCCAACGAACGGCACUCGCAGUGGAGACAGCAGAGAGCCAGGAGACCACGUGAUCUUCCAGUGUGAUCCUGGUUAUGUCCUUCAGGGGGCAACAAAGAUCACCUGCACAGAGAUCAACAACCGCUUUUUCUGGCAGCCUGAUCCACCUACCUGCUCAGCUCCAUGCGGUGGGAAUUUGACUGGUCCAAGCGGUCUAAUUCUGUCUCCUGAGUACCCGGAGCCCUAUCCUCACGGUAGAGAGUGUGAUUGGACAGUCAGUGUGACCCCGGACUAUAUAAUUUCCCUCUCUUUCAAUCACUUCAGUCUGGAGCCCAGCUACGACUUUCUACACAUCUAUGAUGGGCCUGACUCCCUCAGCCCGCUGUUGGGCAGCUUCUACGGUACUGACGUCCCGGAACGUAUCGAGAGCAGCUCCAACACGCUGUUCCUGGCCUUUCGCAGCGACGCCUCACUAAGCAGCAAUGGCUUUGUCCUGCAGUACACAGAAAACCCCAGAGAGUCGUGCUUCGAGCCGGGCCUCGUCCGCAACGGAACUCGCAUUGGCACAGAGUUGAAGCUGGGAGCUACAGUCACCUACUACUGUGAUAACGGCUACACUCUGGAGGGAGAUGCCACUCUCACCUGCAUUAUGGGGUCAGACAGCAAGCCCAGCUGGAACAGACCCAAGCCUGUGUGCAUAGCCCUGUGUGGAGGUCAGUACUCUGGGCUGGAGGGAGUAGUGCUCUCCCCUGGCUAUCCUGGAAACUACAGCAGUGGGAGGACAUGUCUCUACUCAGUCACAGUGCCGAAGGAUUACGUGGUCUUCAGCCAGUUUGCCUUCUUCCAGACGGCUCUGAAUGAUGUGGUGGAGGUGUACGACGGUCCUACACAGCAUUCUCGUGUCUUAAGCUCACUUUCGGGGGCUCAUUCAGGUGAGUCCCUUCCACUGGCAACCUCCAACCAGAUCCUGAUCCGCUUCACCUCCAAAGGACAGUCCUCCUCCAGAGGCUUUCACCUGGUCUACCAAGCUGUCCCAAGAACCAGCGCAACUCAGUGCAGCUCAGUCCCGGAGCCCAGGCAUGGCAGACGCACAGGAAACAACUUUGCUGUGGGAGCUGUGGUGCGAUUCGAGUGUAACGCAGGAUACGUGCUGGAAGGCCCGAGCGCCAUCGAAUGCCUGACUGUUCCCAAUGCCCUGGCCCAAUGGAACAGCACCAUCCCCAGUUGCAUCGUACCAUGUGGGGGGAAUCUGACUCAGCGCACCGGUACCAUCCUGUCUCCCGGGUACCCUGAACCCUACCUGAACAGCCUGAGCUGCGUGUGGAAAAUCACGGUGCCAGAAGGAUCAGGAAUACAGAUCCAGGUGAUCAGCUUUGUGACUGAGCAGAACUGGGACUCUCUGGAGGUGUUUGAUGGGGGCGACAAUACGGACACCAUGCUGGGCAGCUUCUCAGGUACCUCUGUCCCAGCGCUCCUGAACAGCACCUCCAACCAGCUCUACCUGCACUUCUUCUCUGAUAUAAGUGUGUCUGCUGCUGGCUUCAGACUGGAGUACAAGACGGUGUCCCUCACCAGUUGUCCGGAGCCGGUUAUACCUAUGAAUGGGUUCAAAGUGGGCGAGCGUUUACAGAUGAACAAUGUGGUGUCCUUCCAGUGUGAUCCUGGCUACACUCUACAGGGUGUGUCGCACAUCACCUGCAUGCCGGGAACUGUGCGGCGCUGGAACUACCCUCCUCCGCUCUGCAUUGCACAGUGUGGGGGGAUCAGAGAGGAGAUGGAAGGAACCAUCCUCAGCCCUGGUUUCCCGGGAAACUACCCUAGCAACGGCGACUGCACCUGGAGGAUCUACCUCCCAGUUGGCUACGGAGCCCACAUCCAGUUCCUCAAUUUCUCAACCGAGGCCAACCACGACUUCCUGGAGAUCAGGAAUGGCCCUUUCGACACCAGCACUGUGAUCGGCAGAUAUAGCGGACAGGACGUGCCGGCGUCCCUUCUGACCACAUCCCAUGAAACCACUGUGUAUUUCCACAGUGACCACUCUCAGAACAAACCGGGCUUCAGGUUUGAUUACCAAGCCUAUGAGCUUCAAGAGUGUCCGGACCCCGAGCCCUUUCGCCAUGGUGUGGUGGUAGGCGCUGGAUACAAUGUCGGACAGUCCAUCUCCUUUGAGUGUAACCCAGGGUACCAGCUCAUGGGGCAAUCAAUACUCACCUGCCAGCACGGCACAACCCGCAACUGGGAUCAUCCGUUUCCUCGCUGUGAAGUACCCUGCGGAGGGAACAUCACAUCAGACAACGGAACCAUCUUCUCUCCAGGUUACCCAGAAGACUACCCCAACUCUGUGGACUGCACAUGGCUGAUCACUGUGGCCCCUGGCUUGGGAGUGCGUCUGAAUUUCACACUGAUGCAGAUCCAUGGGCCUCAUGACUUCAUCACUGUGUGGGAUGGGCCUCAAGAGACUGUGCGCAAGCUGGGAGUUUUCACUGAAGGCGAACCCAACGAGCCGCCCAGCAGCACCUCCAAUCAGAUCCUCAUCCGUUUUCGCAGCAACUCUGAAAAAGGUGGACUAUUCAAGAUCAACUACCAAGCCUACAGACUCCAGUUCUGCCUGCCCCCUCCCAUCAUCCCUAAUGCAGAAAUUCUGAUGGCCAGCAAAGAGUUCAAAAUAGGUGAUAUAGUACGCUACAGGUGUUUGUCGGGGUACCACAUGAGCGGCAACAACAUUCUAACCUGCCGGUUGGGCACACACCUGGAAUUUGAAGGACCACCACCGUCUUGUGACGUGACCUGUCCCAUGAAUGAAGUACUAACAGCCUCUACUGGGGUCAUUCUGAGCCAGUCUCCGGGCAGUGGCUUCCCCCACUUUGAGUCGUGCUCCUGGGUGGUGAAGGUGGAGCCAGGCUACAACAUCACCUUUACCAUCGAGCACUUCCAGACCAGCCGGCAGUUUGAUGAGCUGGAAAUCUUUGAUGGUCCAUCCAGACAGAGUCCUCUGCUCAUCACCCUCAGUGGCAACUACUCGUCCCCCCUCAGCAUCACCAGCUCCUCCAAUAAAGUCUACCUGCACUGGUCCUUUGACCACACCUCCAGCCACAAGGGUUUCCGGAUCCGCUACUCAGCGGCGUACUGCAGCCCCCCUAACCCUCCGGUGAAUGGCUCAGUGCACAGCCAGACAGGCACAAAGCUGGGCAGUACCUUGCGCUUCAGCUGUGACCAAGGAUUCCGCCUGAUUGGACAGAGCAGUGCCACCUGCACUCGUUCCCCGCAGGGCAUCUACCAAUGGAAUGCUCCGGUGCCCCUGUGCCAAGUGGUGUCGUGUGGGAUGCCCAUUGCUCCAGUAAACGGGAGUGUUGUUGGGCAGGAUUUCACUCUUGGCUCAAGAGUCACAUUCAGAUGUAACCCUGGAUUCCGGUUGGCCAACACAGUGCCAUUGUCAACAGUUUGUCAAGAGUCAGGAAGGUGGACUCCCGUAGAAACCCCGCCCCGCUGCAUACCUGUCACCUGCCCUGACAUAGGCCACUCAGCGGUGGAACAUGGGAGAUGGAGGCUUAUUUAUGGCAUGCAAAAUCAGUACGAGGCCAUGAUGAUGCUCACCUGUGAUCCUGGCUACUUCUAUAAAGGUCAGAGGGUCAUCCGUUGCCAGGCCAGCAGCGCCUGGGAUUACCCUGAGCCAAGACCUGCCUGUGAAAUUAUCUCCUGUGGGGACCUUGGCACUCCUCCCAAUGGAAAUAAGAUCGGUACUCUCACGGUGUACGGAGCCACGGCCAUUUUCUCCUGCAAUACGGGCUACACUCUGGUGGGCACCAGGGUGAGGGAGUGCAUGUCCAAUGGUUUGUGGAGUGGAUCUGAAGUCCAGUGUCUCGCUGGUCACUGCGGCUCUCCUGACCCCAUCGUGAACGGUCAGAUCAUUGGAGAGAAUUAUAACUACAGGGGGAGUGUGGUGUACCAGUGCAACCCUGGCUUCAGGCUGAUCGGGGUAUCAGUUCGCAUAUGUGAGCAGGACCACCGCUGGUCUGGAAAGGCUCCUGUUUGUGUCCCUAUUACAUGUGGACAUCCAGGCAACCCUGCCAAUGGUGUUACCCAUGGAAAUCAGUUCAACCUUAACGACGUUGUGCGCUUUGCCUGCAAUACCGGCUACGUCCUACAGGGAGCUGUCAAGUCUCAUUGCCAGCCCAAUGGCCAAUGGAGCAAUGCCCUGCCCAGAUGUAAAAUUGUGAACUGCACAGAGCCGGGUCAUGUGGAGAACAGUGUCAGACAGGUCCUGUCCAGCGGACCCCAUCGCUACAGCUUCCAGACCACUGUCUCCUACACAUGUAAUCCAGGAUACUACCUCCUGGGCACCAGCAUUCUGACAUGCCAGGGAGACGGCACCUGGGACCGCUCCCUCCCAAAAUGCCUCUUGGUGCUGUGUGAUCAUCCCAGUAUGCCUCCGUAUGCUCAGAUCUCGGGGGACAGGCGCACAGUGGGCUCAGUCAUCCGUUACAGCUGCAUGGGCCAGCGUUCCAUCGUGGGCAACACCACCCGCAUGUGCCAGCUGGAUGGCCAGUGGAGCGGCUCCCCACCACACUGCACUGGUGAUUCUUCAGGUAGGUGUGGUGACCCUGGUAUACCGGUUCAUGGGAUUCGACUGGGUGAAGAGUUCUCCUCGGGCAGUGUGGUUCGCUUCAGCUGUGAGCCGGGCUACGUGCUGCGGGGGUCCUCAGAGCGCACCUGCCUGCCUAACGGCACCUGGCAGGGCACGCAGCCCGAGUGUCAGGUGGUCUCUUGUGGCAAUCCUGGCACCCCACGGAAUGCUCAGAUCCAGUUCCACGAUGGCCUGGUCUUCUCCCGCUCUAUUACAUAUGCGUGCAGGGAGGGCUAUUACUCCACCGGCCUGCUCACUCGCCACUGCACCGUCAAUGGAACCUGGACUGGAGACAUGCCUGAGUGCACAGUUAUUAACUGUGGAGACCCAGGGGUGCCUGCAAACGGACUCAGACUGGGCAGUGACUUCACCUAUAGUCGCUCUGUCAGCUUUCAGUGUUCUCCAGGCUUCACCAUGGAUGCAGACCGAGCAUCAACUCUCAUCUGCACAAAGGACCGCACCUGGAACAGCACCAAACCUGUGUGCAAAGCUAUUGUGUGUGGAGCACCACCCAGUAUCCCUAAUGGCCAGGUGAUGGGAACAGACUUCCAGUGGGGCUCCAGCAUCAGCUACACCUGUAACCAGGGCUACCAACUCUCUCUGCCAACCAUUCUCACCUGCCAGGGCUCUGGCAACUGGAGCGGUGAAAAGCCACAGUGCUUCCCUGUGUUCUGUGGAGAGCCAGGGAUUCCAGCCCAGGGCCGACGUGAGGACCGAGGCUUCACUUACCUCUCCUCCGUCUCCUUCUCCUGCUUUCCACCGCUUGUUCUGGUCGGCUCCACGCGAAGAUACUGCCAGUAUGAUGGAACCUGGAGUGGGACACAGCCAUCUUGUAUAGAUCCCAGUCACACCAGCUGCGUGGAUCCUGGCACCCCGCUAUUUGGCUAUCAGAACAACACUCAAGGCUACCAGAUUGGCAGUACAGUGUUUUAUAGCUGCAGAAAGGGCUACCUGCUCCUUGGCUCCAUCUCUCGUACCUGCCUGCCCAAUCUCACUUGGAGUGGCAUGCAGCCAGAGUGCAUCGCUCAUCACUGUAGUCAGCCUGAGCUCCCAGCGCAGGCAGAUGCCAGAGCCAUAGAGCUGCCGUCUCUGGGCUACACACUCAUCUACACCUGUCAGCCUGGCUUCUACCUGGCAGGAGGCUCUGAACACCGCACCUGCAGAGCGGAUGGCAGCUGGACCGGGAAGCCACCACUAUGUGCAGCUGAUAACAGACCAAGCGGAAAAACUGUUGGAACAGUGCAAGAACCCCCCAACACUAAACUCCAGGUGCCUAGUGGAGUGUUUGCAAAGAAUUCUCUGUGGAGGGGAUCGUACGAGUACCUGGGGAAGAAGCAGCCAGCCAUGCUGAGCAUAACUGCUUUUGAACCGUUCAGCAACCGGGUCAAUGGCACCCUCAUGGACCACAGUGGAGUGCAACUCAAUCUGGCUGGUACCUAUAAAAGAGAGGAGGCCCAUCUGUUGCUGCAGGUCCAUCAGAUCCGAGGACCAGUGGAGAUCUUCGUCAACAAGUUUAAAAUCGACAACUGGGCACUGGAUGGACAUGUGUCGUAUAUGCCUUCAUCCAACUCCUUCGUGUACCAAGGAUUCGUCAGAGGAAAAGGAUUCGGCCAGUUUGGGCUUCAGAGGCUUGAGGGUCUGGACCCGAACGGGGAGAAUCCAGGCUACAACUUUGCUUCUAACAGCAGUUCAGUGGCAGCAGCCAUUUUAGUGCCUUUUAUAGCCAUGAUUAUAGCAGGAUUCGCCCUGUAUCUCUAUAAACACAGAAAAAGACCCAAAGUACCCUUCAACGGCUACGCAGGCCAUGAGAACACUAAUGGAAGAGCAACCUUUGAAAACCCCAUGUAUGACCGUAACAUCCAGCCCACAGACAUCAUGGCAAAUGAAUCUGAGUUCACGGUCAGCACAGUCUGCACAGCCGUAUAGCCACCGCUUUCUCCACAGGUUGAGGACGAGUUUGUUCCCCCGCCCACACGAGUGGCCCAACAGGCAGGAACGGGCUGCGUGGGUGGGCUGGAAGUGAAGAAUGGAAGCUUAUUUUCAUUUUUAACAGAUUCUAAUUAUAGCGAAAAGAGAUCACUCCCUGAUGAUGAAGCAGGAAACUAAACAAAACAAAACAAAAAAAAAUCUCAACAGGAAAACACACAAGCGUUCCUCGGAGACGACCAGUGCAGCUUUCUGCUUUCCGAAAACUCUACCUGUUUUUACAUGCGUCUGCAGUUUCUCUGUUUUUUUUCGUCAUUUUUUCCGGGGAGAGCUUCCUGUGGAACUCUGGCAUGGCAGAGGGGACGACUGUGACACUCGAUUCUGUCGCUUGCCAAACAACAAAAAAAAAGGAGAGAAAGUGAAAUGAAAUGGAGAGUGGGCUAUUUUCAUACUGGGCUUUUGGUAGCGAAGGGCCUGCUGGUGCUGUACUAUUUUUUUCCUUUAUGUCUGGAUGAACAGGGAUCUGUGGAGAGGCUGAAAUGCUGGAAUGAUUGGAACUAACUAGUGAGAGCAGAGGAACUUCUGGACAGUUAGAGCUCUGUUUCUUUCACUUUUCGAAUGUUUUUUUUUUCUUUCUUUUUUUCCCUCUCUGUGGAGUGCAUUUUGCCUGUUUUUUUUUUCUUCCUUUUUUUCACGUCUCGUUGCACAUUGAAGCUGUAUGAUUACAGAUAAGCGCAGACUUUGUUCACAUUACUGGGCUUCUCUGGUUGACAGUUUCACUAUCAAUUCCUCUGAAAUUUCCACCUGAAGCCACAGAGCGUGAAUUGAAGGAGAAUGAGAUUUGGAGGCUUAUUAGAAGACAAGGGUUCUAUCAUUAGCACCUCUCUCUGCUCGUUCCAGCCCGGAGCAUGGAGCGUUCUCUCUGCAGCAUUUCUCCACCCCAGCUGGCUGAGAUUGGAGAGCCAGUACAUGCCCCUGAGGAGAGCGCUGGGAAAGAAUAUGAAAGCAAACGGGCGAAGGUUAUUUGUGCGUGUGUGUGGGGGGGAGAGCUGGCAAGGCUGACUUUAGGCGAUUUAUCUUCUUUGAAUUCUGUUAGUUUUUUUGCUUCUGUGAGAAAGUGUGUGUGUGUGUGUGUGUGUGUGUGCUGGUCCAGCAUUUUACAGGAGGAAAUGUAAUGCACAUUCAGGUCUUGGAUGGCAUCUGCAUUCCUCCGUGUGGGCCAUCUGAACGGCGCCGUCUCCCUCCCACCCCUCAUUAGUCUGCAGUGGAUGUCCUGAGAGCCGUUCACUGAUAUUUAAAAAGGCAGCCGGCGGUAAUGGAGUGUUCUGGGUGCUGCGGCCUGAGGGUCUACAGAGAUGGUGCUCAGAAGCACUAUUACUUAGCUGUGAAUUCUCCAGGGGGUUGUGGGCAGGGUUGACGAUGUCUAUCUGCUGUUUUAAUCACUUUACCUUUCUUUGUGGAAAGGUUGUCAAUGACACUUUCUUCAGUUUUUUACUUAAACUAAACAAAACAACAGCAACUGCAAACACAACAUAAACAACAAUACCUGGCAACAUACAAAACACGUAGCCUGUUAACAUCUGGUCGUAUCUUUAAGCCUUGCAUUCUAGCAAAGCUGAAUCGACAUGGUGCAAAUUCUUUUAAAUCAGCCCUUUGUGUUAGUUUUAGUUCUAGAUGUCAAGGCAAGAGAACACGAUGAAAUGAAAUGGUCCUGGAAUUUAAUUUACAUUCAUUUAUAGCUUGAGCACUCUAACCAAACCUCAAAAAAUAAGACAAAGUUCUUGAUAUAAAGCUGUUUAUUAGUUCAUUUCUCUCUCUCACUAAUUUUAAUGUGUUAAUUAAGAACAGUGAUUAAGUGAUAGCAAGGCUGAAGAUCAGUCUCACUUACGGCUAUUUAUUCUCCUGCCCUGAACUGUACAGGAAUAACUCCUCUGAGAACUCUGAAAACAUGAGACAAAGGACACAUUCAGUGAAGCUAAAAAGUUGUUGGAGGGCUACUGUAGUUUUUGUAAUAGAUUGUUCCAAAUAUACUUGGUGGUCAUGGAGACCUAUGUCAGCAACCCUCGCAGACAGUGUGCCUCCACUUUAGGUAUUAUCAUAUCUGUCUUUCAUAUUAAGCUCAUCUCAUGUUCUCAUAUAUCAGGAGGGAACCAUCAUCCAGAAGAUAAUUGCCUACAAAAGAGAGAAGAUGAGCGUAAUCCUCAGACAGAUGCUGCUCUCUUUGUGUACGUUCUCUUUCCCUUCUUUUUCUUAAGUCUAGUGGUCCAGCUCUGAAAAUCAAUUCAGCAUGGUACAGUCCUUGAGUACACUCAUGUGGUGGUCCCCUUCUGUCACAUGGAUUUGCCUAUUUUUGGCUUUGUCUAGCCUUUUUACUUCCAAGCCCUCAAUUAUCUAGUGCCUACCAUCAUUGGCGUGCAUUUCCAAUGAGCGUUUAUAAAUCCCUGACAUUAUUUGCUUCGGCUUCGGAAAGGAAUCGCUGUAUUGUUGCUUCGGCCUGUUUCUCCUCUCUUCUGGUAAUUGCUUUUACAAUUUUAUUACUUUUUUUUAAAUCUGUAGCUUAUCUCUGCUAUGUGAAUAUAAUAUAGCCCAGUGCUUGUUUCAAUUGUGAGCUGAUGGAAAAAGCAAAGAUGGUAUUUCCCCUGUGAUUUCACAGGCAAAACGGUUGGCAGGCACAUUAUCUUAAACCUAUUGGCAUUCACUUCACAUUGUGGAAUAUGAUGGUGUUUUUUCUUUUUUCAUCCCUUUUUUUUCCUUCACAUAAUUUCAUUUCAAAUUGCUUUAUCACACUGGAUGGCAUCUCCACUCACUUAUACGCUAUUUCCCACACAUCAUAUGUCAGUUAUGACUGUAUCCCCAGCAAUUCAUUUCCAAUAGUAAAAUGCAGGCGCUUUUCUGAUAUACAUCCAAUGACUGUUUUACAGAAGCAGAGAAGAGGACAAAAGGGGGCAUAGGAUGUAUGGCCUGGCUUAUCGUUUAGGCGUUAGGAUUGGAAUUAAAUUGCUCUGAUGAAAUCCCAUGAAGACACUUUCAAUCUAUUAUUUAUGAGUUUCUCAAAGCAACUCCAGCUAGAAGGGAUUUGUUUUUGAAACAGGGAUUCCCUUUUCUUCUUUUUCUUCUUGUACUGUUACAAUUGUGUCUCCUAUUUCAAAGUUACGAAGUUUAGAAUAUUUUAGGCAACCUCUGGUGUUUCCUGAGGUCUUGUCUACCUGUUGUUCCAGUGUUUUGGUACCACUCUCUCUCUCUCUGUCUCAGAGAUGAUAUGGUUAUAUUCAGAAGUCUGGUCUGGUCUGGUCUUUCCCCAAGUCCCUGUUUACUUACCAUUGUGAUACUGUACAUUGCUGUAUUAAAAAAAGCCGACAACAACUGUCAACUGCCAGGGGAGAAUUUCAAAGUCACUGGUUCUUGCUCUGCUGUGUUUGGCUGAGAGUUAAGCCUUUGUGUUAUUCUUAGCCCAAGAGAAAAACACAUGACUGAGGAGAAAAGGAGAAAGAGAGAGAAAAAAAGAGAGAGCAAGCAAACAGAGCCUGUUUUUUUCCAAUUCAAAAACCUCUGAAUUAAUUUACAGUAGAUCCAUGUGUUGGCGGAGCUCCAGGCAAUCUGUUGCUCAUUAGAAUUCUUCCAAAAAGUAAGCAUCUGCUUUACUCCUCUGGACUUCAAGUAGGAUAGCUGCAAUUAUUAGUCUGUUCCUUCUUACUAGUAACAGAGACUGGUUUCUAGUUUUAUAGCAUUUUUCUACUAAUAGAAAUGGUGUAAGAAGUUGUAUAGUGUCUUUGGCCAAAGUUAAAAAGUGGUCAAUGAUGUCACUAUGGAGAACAUGGCAUUUUGGACAUUUUUCAGCAGCAAUGAGAGAGGCUGAUUUCAUGUCCAUGUCCAUCUUUAUCAUCACCUCCUUCUUCCCUUUCUCUCCUGGGAAGUUCUGCAUGUUCUGAUUACCCCAAUGAUCCCAUUUACUUGAGGCCAAGCAUCAGACCCCAAAAAUGUACGCAUGUUUCCCAGGCUACUUCUGCUGGUAAUCUGGCAUCUUAUAACCAUUCAUCAGCUCCAGUUGUAUCUAGAAUGGCAUCAUAUACUCAUUCUUAUGUCCAUCUUUCAACUUUACUACAUAAAGAUGACAUGUCUCAAGCCUUAUUUGAACAAAGAACGUAUGACAAGACAAGAAGUAGCAUUCAGAUGGAGAUGCCCCCAUUACAUUGAAUGUAUCUCAGCUCUAUCAAUUGCCUGUAAAGUAGCCAAGUACCUUUACCGUCAUAUUUCCCACAUUACUUCACUCAUAAUUGCUACAAAUACGUAUUCAGAGUCUCAGUAACAAGAAAUGAAUAAUCACCUUGAGUCAAUCUCAGAAUGUCCCCAGAGAAACAGAUGUUUAUCCAUAUUAUUAAAUAUAUUUUGAAUUGUACAUAUCCUAUAUUGAUAUAGUUCUUAUCCCCAGAGUAUGUAUUCUAAUAAAACUCCAAAAAAAAUAAACUUUGGACAAAAUAAUCAAAAUCUAUGUUGAGACGUUCAGUAUGCACUUUUUCAAAAACCCUGCUUUUCCUCCUGUUUUAACUGUUCUUUUUGGGAAAAAUAACGAGCAAGCAAACAAAUAAACAACCCAUGCAUUCCUCUCUGCUCAGCGAGAGAGAAGUGCCCAACCUUGAGUGACUUUUACAGGACUGCUCUGCCUAGCCAAAGCCUCAAGGAACACAGUCAGACUGCAGUUAUAUGCUCUUUGACCAAAAGGGGUUUUGAUGUUGUUGUUGUUGUUGUUGAAACGCAAGUGUAUAAAUGUGAGAGGACCUGAAUGGACUGGCUGGGUGUGAAGUUCACAAGAAGAAAGGAGAACAAACAAACGAAAACAAAAAAAAAAAGAACAAAAAAAAUUUUGUACAGAGAUAUAUUUUUAUGGAAAUACAUUUGUAAUAUAAAAAAGAGAAAAUGGAUUGACAGAUCUGUAAAUGUUUUUCAUUAUUGUAGUACAAAUGCUAGUGGGGAAUAUAAAAAAAAUCUAUCUCUCUAUAUAUAUAUAUACAAAGAGGAAAAUAGAAACAAAGCUUUUUUUGUAAAUGUAAAAAAGAUUGUAUAUACAAGUUUACAUAUUGUACAUAUGUAAUACCCGACAUGGCUUGUCUGCAGUAUAUAAAAUGUAUUUUAUCCGUCUGUAUAUGAUGCUUUGCAUUGUGUUUAAGCUUAUUCUACUUUCUUGAACUUGAAACCUAUUUUGAAGUUUUUAAAUAAAAAAAUAAAAACAUGUA